AGAUUCCCCUUGCAAAACCUGAGCGACCUUUCCAUCAAUUGUUGGGUUCGGGAUCGCCAGGAGCCCCGAGCGCACCAGGCGCGAAGGCAAGGGGAGAGGAGCCGGCCACAGGCGGGGGCCAAGCGGAGUUUGCCUACCUCCCUCGCUCGCCCAAGCAAGUCCUUUCGCGCAGGGCGCAGGGCGCGCGCGAUGAAGGCGGUGAGCCUGGUGCGCCCUUCAGGCCGCAAGGCGCCGUCAGGCUGCGGCAGCGGGGAGAUGGCGCUGCGCUCUCUGGCCCAACAUGGCCACAGCCUGGGCGGCUCGGCCGCCGCGACCGCCGCGGCGGCGGCAGCGCUCUGCAAGGUGGCCAAGGCGGUGACCGACGAGCCGGAGCUGUGCCUGUAGUAGCUGUGCCUGUAGCCUGUAGCCUGCGGAGGCUGGUGCCCACCAUCCCGCCCAACAAGAAAGUCAGCAAAGUGGAGAUCCUGCAGCACGUUAUCGACUACAUCCUGGACCUGCAGCUGGCGCUGGAGACGCACCCGGCUCUGCUGAGACAGCCACCGGCUCUGCUGAGACAGCCACCACCGCCCGCGCCACCGCACCACCCGGCAGGAUCUUGUCCAGCAGCGCCGCUUCGGACCCCGCUCACUGCGCUCAAUACCCACCCGGUAUGCAGCCGCCUGAGCCCAAGCCAAGAGCUCUAGAGAGGGAGGGGGAAGAGCAGAAGUUAGAGCAAAGCCAACGGAGGAAAGGAAAACACAUCAGCAAAUGUUGAAACGUUUCACUCGUCAUUCCAAGAGAGGGACAGGAAAGAAAACAAAACUUUCAUUUUUUUUUUUUUUUUUGCACGUCCAUAAACAUGUUACAUACAUAUUCUCUUUUGUCUCUUCUUUUAUAACCGCUGUGAAGUGUACGUUUCUGUGGUUUUUGGAGGUGCAGUUAAAGUCUUAAGUGUGACAGGACUGAUAAAUAGAUGAUCCAGAGUAAAUCCGACUUUAGAAGGCUACUUUGUGACCAAGGAGCUCAAUUUUUCUUUUGAAGCUUUACUAAUAUACCCCAGAGCAUUGUAGAUUUUUUUACAUCUAUUGUUUAAAAUAGAUGAUUAUAACUGGGCAGGGAACUUUCUUUUCCCUGCAAGAAUGUUACAUAUUGUAUAGAUAACUGAGUGACAUUUCAUACCAUGUAUAUAUACAGAUGUUCUAUAAGUGUGAGAAAGUAUGUGCUUUAAUAGACUACUGUAAUUAUAAGGUAUUUUUAAUUAAAUAUUUUUUGUAAAUAUUAUGUGUGUGUGUGUUUUUUCAAUCUGUGGGAAUAUUUCUUUUGGAAAAUGAUUUUUCAGCUCAACUGCAGAGCUCUUGAUAUCUUGAAUGUCUUUUCUGUUUGGCCUGGCUUUUAAUUGUUUUUGUUUUGCCCUUAUGGAAGACUCUGAAGUACCAGUUUUUUGUGCCACUGAGCCGCGCUAUCCAGGUGAGCGCACAUUUCCUGUCUCGGGUGGCACAUCACCAGAGACGCCCUUCCCCAGGCACCGCGGUGUUCUUUGCCCUCAGCUUUUCCGAGUGUAAACUCCCAAGGAAGUGAACACUUCUCUCCGCCGCCCAGUUAGCCAGAGGACCUGCACAUCGCUUUAGAACCAGGCUGUCCUCUUAAGGGACACUAGUCAGCUCUCCUCCCAGGUGUCCCCUGGCCUCUCCAGGUGACCGGCGGGCUCGCCCUGUCCUCUCUGCACCUCUAGGGAAGGCACCCUCGGGGGCAUGGACGCCUCCCUGGCUCCCCCGCGCAGCCUGACACCCAUAAAGAGGGGCGAGGGCAGGUCAGCGCUCCGGCUUCCCAGAGGCCCACGCUACCUCCUGGGCGCCGCACCUGCCGAGGGCUGCAGGUGUUGUCUGACCUGGCGGUUUGUUUGGGUUGUUGAUCGCGCACAUCUUGAAUUUUGUCGGUGGCGCCAGCAAGUCUGCAGCGGGAAGGUUCACACAAAGGAAAAACUCCUGAUUUUGUAGACUUUCAUUGUAUAGGCACAACCAAAGAGUAAGAGUCAUUUGAAACCAUGGAAAGAAAGUAAAUACCCCACACAGUGGACAUUGCUUCUAAGGUUGUAAUAAAAUCCUCACAUCUCAAACAUCUUAUGGUAAAGCUGGAAAAAAAAUACCUUUUCAUUUCAAAGAACUCAUAUACUCUGCUAUUGUAUAAAUCCUACUCAACUUUAUUGUCAAGCUUUAACUGCAUUUUUAGAACUUUUAAGAAUUUUGACUCCCCAAUACCUAUUGUAUUAGAUGCCUUCUAUGACAAUAAAUCUUCACUGAGCAAAA